AUGCGACUGUACGACACCGAGGACGAGCUCUGGUACCGACUGUGGACUUUGGCUCUAACGUGGUGUCAACGUCGGCUCAUCGACUGUGACGAGAAGACCACCCUGGUGCGGGGUAGCGGACAGCAUGAGCGUGGCGAAGACAGAGAUGCAAGACGCACCCGCACACUCACAGUGACGCAUCGCAGAGUGACACUUUGGUCAGCCAAAGACUGCAUAUAUGACGGUGGUCUCACGAGACCCUGGCGGGCUGUACUGUACAGCACGCGUGUGGUGCGCUAUACCAUCGGGGUCUGUGAGAAGUUCAAGGAUCCCAAUGCACCCAAGAGGCCUCCUUCGGCCUUUUUCUUGUUCUGUUCUGAAUAUCGCCCCAAAAUCAAAGAACAUCCUGGCCUCUCCAUUGGUGACAUCGCAAAAAAGCUGGGAGAACUGUGGACUAGCACCGCUGCAGAUGGUACACAGCCUCGGAAAAAGGCUGCCAAGCUGGAGGAAAAACACGGAAAGGCUAUUGCUGCAUACCGAGCUGAAGGAAAGCCUGAUGCAGCGAAAAAGGCAGUUGUCAAGGCUGAAAAGAGCAAGAAAAAGGAGGAGGAGGAAGACGAGGAAGAUGAAGAAGAUGAGGAAGAAGAGGAAGAUGAAGAAAAUGAUGAUGAACAAGUUGGUUCUAGUGCAGUUUUUUUCCUUGUCUAUAAAGCAUUUAACUGCCCUGUACACAAGUAACUCCUUUUAAGAUUUGUUUUUAAACUGUACAGUGUCUUUUUUUUUAUA